UGAUUUUCUAAUUUUCCUUCUUCCAUCACUAACUUUUACUGUAGAUAACAUAACAUAACAUACAAUACAUCACCUGUUCCCCCCCAUUAUCACUUACCGUUAUAAUUAUUACCAAUUCCCACUUCCCCAAGCCUUGACUCCGUUACUUUACUAGACCACCCUUUUCUAGUUGCGGCAGCUUGGACCACCAUCGCAACUACGACUACUACUUACUACCUUCUACUAUUUUCCCACUUACGCCUCCCCUAUCUGCUUCAUUUUUACUCUUUUUUUCCUUUCCCUUUCGUUUAUUUCUUGUAACUACAUAAAGUCUUUCGCAUUUCCCUUUUCACCGUCAAUACCCCCAUUUUUUUCGUUUUUGAUUUCCCUCCCCACAACUUCCAUCGCUUUAACCCGUUCCCGACACCUAAGAUAGUUGAUUCCACUUCGCGGAACGGCGCAGGAGUAUGAGUGAUAGUAUUUCCUAGGGAUCUGCUCACGAUGGAUGGUUCCAUCCCUCCGUCGUCCGCUAUUUCUCCUUCCCCGUCUUCUUCCUCGUCUAUCUUUCGCCCCCGCAGAUCCGACGACUGGCACGAGUACCGUCCGAUUAUCGAGCAACUCUAUCGUGACAAUCAAUUAAAGCUCAGAGAUGUGAAGAGAAUUAUGGAGCGUGAUUAUAAGUUUCAUGCAUCUGAAAAACAAUACAAAGAUCGACUGGCAGCCUGGCAUGUUCGGAAAAAUAUCAAAGCCAAAGAAGUCCAUGUGAUGAUUCGGAAGCAACAGAAACGAGCUGCCCGGGGAAAGCAAACUGGGUUUCGAGUCGGUGGCCAAGAAGUGGAUUCCAAGCGUAUCGCACGCUUUGUCCGUAGAUACGGCACUCACUGGGACAACAAACCUCGCGCCGAGUCCCAGUCCCAGUCUCCACCUCAGCCUCAGCCCCAAUCCGAACCCCAAUCACACACCCACCGAUCAAGUCCAGAGCCUGAUACUCCAUCUGAUAUGAGUUGCUAUACUCCCGAGCCUGAUGCUAGAGACAGGAGUUCGACCUUGUCUCCUCUGCCGGAGGCAAUGUCACCUCACUGUAACGACAAGCUAAAAAUAGAACAAACCCCUGCUUCUGAGGUGGACGACACCCAAUCUUUGACGACUACAUACAGUCCCAGUUUACCAAACGAUACACCAAAAACUGCGGAAGACGUGUCGUGGAAGGAACUCGAUUCUUUUCAAAAUCGUCUCCUCGCUCUCCAUCAGACCCUCGAGGAUUCGAUGGCCGGAUUUAUAUACCCUAAUGACGAUGAGAACCGUACUCCACUAAUAUAAGCGGCACAGAUUAUCUGGAAACGAAGUGUGAGGAGUUGCCGAGCCUCUUGGUUCAUCCUUGAAUAUUAUCAACUCAAAUUCUCCUACUUCA